UGUCCAGGGACAGGCAGGGGGCCUUUGGAAGCCGCGGGGUUGGGGGUUUGGGAAUCCCUCGUGUAGAUGGGGCGUGAUCUGCCCCUUGGGGCACGAGGGGGGCCCAGGGGAUGGGCACUGCCUCCUUGCCCUGCCUUCCUCAGCCCCCCCCCCCCAGCUGCUCUCCUGACCCUGUGGAUGAGGCAGGAGGAACAUUUGGGGACGGGCCUCCUGCCGCCCCAUCCUGUGCCUUACCAGGGCUUCCUUCCCGCCGGCCUUCACUCCUGCUGGGCCCCGGGCCGGCCCCAGCCCUUGCCAGAGGUUGGGGGCGGGGGUCAUCCCCCCUUUCCACCUGGGGUGGAGGGCCCCGAUCCGCUGUUACACAUCUCGCACCGAGACAGUGUUGGGCCCUGUGGACUGGGGUCAAAGGGGGGGGGUGGGAAUGGGGGGGGGGUCUCUGGUACAUACAGGGGUGCAGCCUCUGAGCAGGAGAGGCUCCAGGGCCCUCCCCUCUCGCCUCUCCCUGGGCCCCACAUUCUGCAGCCUUAAGGUGAACGUGUGUCAGUGCUGUGGGCACGUGUGUGUGGCCUCAGGCUGUUGUGUUUGUGGAUGGCCCCUUGCGUCUGGGACGUGGAUGCACACGGGGUAGGGUGUGUGUGCAUGCGUGUUGGGUGUGUGUGUGUGUGUGUGUGUGUGUGUGUGUGAGGGCAAGCGUGUCCCGGCCUUGAAUGCGUGGUGUGUGUGGGCUUGGGCCCUGUCCCUGGCCCGAGCAUUUCAUCCCAUAGGGGAGGGGUGCUGGCCUGGUGGGGAAGCCACACCUGGGGUCCAUUUGCUGCCCAGCCCCCCUCCUGCCCUGCCCCCAGCAUCUCCGGGUGUGUGGAAUUUAGUUGUGGCUUUGAUCUCCCUGCCCCACCUCCUGUACUAGGUAGUUCAGAGAGAGACAUCCUAGGGUGGGGUGCGGGGUUGGUUUGGGUGGGUGGGGGGUAUUUUUCCUUUCUGUGUGUGUAUGUCAUUUGACAAUUCUCUAUCCUCCCUACUGGCCUUCCCUAUUCCUCCCAUUUGUACGGUACAAGCAAUAAAGACACUCGUUUCGGACGGGGGCCCGCUGCCCUGGGCCAUUCCUUGCCUCUGGAGCCUGGCCCUGCUGACCUGCUCCUGGGACGUGUCCGCUGUUGCGGGACCUGGGCACCUGGAGCCACGCUCACCCUCUGGCCGUCGGGGUGGGCAGGUGGGGCUCAGUGUGGGCGCCCCUGCGGGUGGAAGCUGCCGAGGGGCUUGGGAAGCUUCCUGGGGUGUGCGGGUACGGUGGGCAGAGACCAUGGUGUAAAGAAGGGGAGGACAAGGGUGAGGUAGUCGGGUGGGUAGCUCUGAACAAGGAGCGUGCGUGAGGCGUCACUGAGCCCUAGAAGUGGGCGCAAAGGGAGUGGGUUCACUGCAUGGGGCCCUUGGGCCCUAGAGCUGGGCAUUGCCUGCACGUUGUCUUCUCCCCACUUAGGCUAAACCAGGGAGUCUUGAGGCCCCCAAAUUCCAACACAGUCCUUGGUGUACGAACGGGAAUCGUGGUGGCUGUCAGCUGGGGGCACCUCUGGUGACAGCCCUCACAGCUCUGGGAUCCUCUGACGGCCGCCCCCUUUAGCCCGGGCUUCCCGGGCUUGACUCACUCUGCCCACACCUGGGGACCAGAGUGGCCCCCGCACAGGUGAAUUGAAUGUCAGACUUCGCCAGAAGGCGGUAGGGCUUCUUCACAUGCACGGAAUCUCAGAGAUCUUGAGUGAGGGUAAGAGAAAAGUCAGAUGCGGUGCAUAGGAAUCUGCUUUUGCUGCAGCUAAGACCCAAGGAAUGCGUGGCUUUUUCUCACUUCAUGUGGACUUCAGUAACAAAAGUAUGUCCCGGCGGUCAUGAGACAAGCAGCGGAGAAGCUUCUAGAGAAAAGCCUUCUAGUUUUCCCUCCAGUGGAGGCCCCUGAGGAGACCCGGGCCAGUUCGUUUUCACGUCACCCCCCUUACUCUCUGGCGGGGGCUAUCCUGCGCCUACCUCAGUCCGCUGGGUCACCUCGCGGCCCCCCGGGUCCCCGGUGCGGGGCCCACAGGCUGAUGAACCGCUUCCCUCGGGCAAACAUAGCUCCCUUGCUGUAGUGGUGCUUCCUUCUGUAGAACUUUUCCCAAAGGGACUUUCAGCUGGGAGCAUUUUAAUAAAAUUUUACCAAUUGGAAACCUUAAGUUUUGAGUAGAUUAAUUUUUUUGUCAUUUGCUUGUGGGAAAUUUCUCGUGGUGUGUGUGUGAGAAUAACGUGAGCAACACCAAAGUCCGAGGAAGCAAGUAAAGUGAAAAUGAGCCUGGAUCCCAGCUCCUGAGCGCUCAUCCUGGUGCUCGCUCGUUUCCUCUCCUCUCUGCAGAUGCACAUGGCAUCAGAUAAAGGUUCUUUCCCUUCGGUUUGGUUUGGUUUGGUUUUGCGUGGCUUGCCUCCCAGCUGUGGCCUACAUUCUAGGGUGGCUGGAAUUUAAUACGUGUCUGAUAGCUUUCCAGAGUGUGCUGAUUCACAGAUUUUUACCUUUAUCUUUUAAAUAAUUGCAGGUGCAGGCUUGAAGAAAACUUCGAAAGAAUAGUACUAAACACAGUUCUAGGCCUGGAGCACCUUGUAGUGCCCCGAAGGAAGGACCCGCUCAAAAGCGGCCAAAGCAGACCCUCCCUGAUGGGGGGUAUGUGAAGGGACCUGGGGGCCCGUGGAAAGUACCCCCGCUGGGCUGAGAGUACUUGGAGCAGCAAAGGAAAUAGCAUAGUGCUGGCUUCUACCCAAAGUUCACAAUCAGUGAGUUCGCAAGCAGAUAAAUGAUCAAUGGUGGGAACAGACGUAACUGAACGGACUUCAGGUAAUUUCUGUAGAUGCUGCGCCUCCAAGGUGUGGGCUGCAAAGUGACUUCCUUCCAAAGAGGACAGUAUAGAAAGGGGGGAAGCAACCUCUCCAUGAAGAAACCUGACAAACAUUACCUCAGCCGGUGAUCAAGGUCAAUAUCAACCAUGUAACUCCUGUUGGCAGGAAGUGCCCUUGAUAGGCGAUGAGGGUGGUAUCCCAGUUGGUCCGUGGUUGUGAGAAAUGCACUACACUAAGGAGGUUGGUGGGGGAAAGCAGGUGUGGGGUGCAGGGGAACUCUGUUCUCUUUGCAGCUUCCCAUAAACUUGCUUUAAAAUUUGACUUUAAAGGAAGUACAAGCAUUCUCAUUGACCCUUCAUGCAGGUUCCUGUGACCAUUUUCUGCUUACUCUCUCCUCCCCGCUGAGUGUUUACAUAUCUGCCCUGAAGCGAGAACAUUCUCUGGCACAGCCAACAGUUCAAUUAACCAGGUCGGGAAGUGAAUACUGAAACAACCCUCUUCUCUCAGGUCUUUAUCAAAUUUGACUAAUGGUCGCACUCCUGUCGUUAUACACAGAAGAACAGUCACCUGGCUGAUGACUCCUGUUGAAUUCAGUUGUCAGGUUUGAAACUUAACAGGGCAGUUAUGUCACAGAAUGUUCUAAAGUUACGGCUUGUGGCCUGAUGUUUCCCCACGGUUAUAGUCAAGCUACCUUUAGGAGGAAAUUUGAGAAAUGUGCCCUUCUCCCUGCAUCCUCUCAAAGAGGGACGGGACAUUCUGUCCCAUGACUGGUGAUGACUUUGAUCCCUUAAGGUGGUGACUUGUCAGGUGUCUUCACUGGAAAGUUACUACUUUCCCUUUGUAGUUAGUAUCUUGUGUAGAGAUACUCUGAAAAUGUAGAUAUCUAGGUUUUGAUCAAGUGUUCAGGCAAAGGGAAUGGCAAGCACAAAGGCCCUGAGGCCGGCAGGUGCUGGAUGUGUUUGGGGAAUGUAAAGAGGGUGUGUCAAAUAGAACAAGGGAGGGGGAGAACAGAAGGAAAUGGGGUUAGAGAGGUAACAAUGGGCCGAAGGGACCAUGUGGCCAAGGUAAGGAGUUUGGGUGUUCAUGUUAGUGUGACAGGAAGUCAUUGGUUCAGCAUCUCACAUUCUUCUCACUUUUCCAGCCUUGCUGACCUCCUAGUGCCUGAAAAUAGCAACCUCUUUCCUACCUCGGUGCCUUUGCUCAUGCUGUUUCCACCACUUGGAAUAUUCUUCCCUCCCUUUGCAUUCCUCGCUCCUUGCCUUUCAGGUUUCACUCCAGCAUCACUUCCUCAGAGAGGCCCUCCAGGCCACCCUUUCUAAGUUAUGUCCAGCCUGUUCACUUACUCAUCCAACAAAUACCUGAGUACAUGCCACGUGCCAAACUCCGUUCUAGGCACUGGGAAUACAGCAGUCAAAACAAAACACCAGCCAAGCCUUGCCCUCCUGGAGUUCACAUUCUCAUCGGGAGGGAGGCAGUAAAUAAACAGGCAGUAAGUGCUAAGGAGAGAGUAAGUUACAAAGAAUGGUGAUAGGAAGUUCUCAGGAUAGCCUUUUUCACAGGGAAGGUAGCAUCUGAGUAAAUACCUUAAAUGAGGGAUCUCUGAGGGAGAAGCAUUUCAGGCAAAGGAAACAGCCAGUGCAAAGGCCCUGAGGUAGGAGCGUGCCUGGUGUAGGUGAGAAUAAGCCAGGAGUUGGGGGGAGGGCUGAGAGAUGAACUCAAAGGUGUGUGGGGAUGGGUGGGAGGAUCAAAAAGGACCUCGUGGACUUUGAAAUUGAGGGAGAUGGGAGCCACGAUGGAGUUCUGAAUGGAGGCAGAGUGCGAUCUGACUUGGGUGCGCACAGGAUCCCUCUCUGGCUGCGUGGGGGCGGGGCGGGGCAGACUGGGGGGGAUGGGAACCAGGGAACAGUGAGGAGUUCGCUGUGCUAGUCCAGACCCAUCGCUGGCCACUUGUCUUAGUAGUUUUGAAACAAUCCUUACUUUACAGCUGAGGAAAGGGAGCCUCGGAGGGGCUGUUUCUGAUCCUAAAGGAAGUAGCAGGAAGAGGGUUUGACUCCAGCUGCCUGACCUUAGGUUUGGAGGGGCCAGAGCCAACCUGCAUAGCAUUCGCCAUCACCUCUGCACCUGCCCAGGUGAGGCAUGCUCAGCGCGCAUGCGUGCAGGCACAGUUUAAAGCAACCGCCGCGGGUCUUUCGCUCCAGCAGGAAGAGGGGCGCUCGGCUUGGUCCUCGGACGCCAGUGUGGAGAAUGCUGAGUCCCGCCGCCGCCUCCCCCAACUCUCCCAGCGCCCCAGACCCCGACAGCAUCCCCGAGGGCAGCCAGGAGAGGCCCCCUGGGCCGUGCGCGCCGCCGGGGCUGGCAGAGGCGCUGAGCGCGCUGGGGCUGGAGGGAGAACGCGAGUACGCUGGGGACAUCUUCGCCGAAGUCAUGGUGUGCCGCGCGUUGCCCCGGAGGGCCCUGCCCCCGACCGUGACGCCAGAGAUGCGCGCGCUAGUGGUGGACUGGCUGAUCCAGGUGCACGAGUACCUGGGCCUGGCGGGCGACACUCUCUACCUGACGGUGCACCUACUGGAUUCCUACCUGCGCGCCGGCCGAGUGCGCCUACACCGCCUGCAGCUGCUGGGCGUGGCCUGCCUGUUCGUGGCCUGCAAAAUGGAAGAGUGCGUCCUUCCCGAGGUGAUGCUACUUGCCACCUACUUUUUGGAGCUGUCUCUGCUGGAGGCCGAGGCCGCAGGAUGGGAGCCCGGUCGGCGCGCAGCUGCGGCGCUGAGCCUGGCGCACCGCUUGCUCGACGGGGAGGGCUCCGGCCUCGAGCCCUCGCUUUACAGCCUCGAGCCUCCCGCUCCGAGGACAGGUCGUCUUCACCGCUGCCCCUGCCCCCGCCUCAGUUUCUCCGUCUCCCCGCCGCAGCCCCGCGGAGCUGCGCCCGCUCGAGCCAUGCAUGGCCCGCGCCGCGCUCCGAGGCCCCGCGCCUGGCCGCGCCGCCAUCUUCCUCAAGUACGCGCGGCCCCAGCGCCAGGGCACCAGCCUCGCCGCCGCCCGGCUCCUCCGCCGCCCCCAGCCCGGGCCUCCCUGAGCCCGAGACCCCAUCAAAAAAGACUGUCUGUGUGUAUCCGUCUCCCACUUAAAUAAAAGAGGUUUUUUUGUUUUG